ACCGCAGCUCAAUUCAUGUCCAAGCCUUCACCUCUACCUACUAGAACGCUGUCAAACCUAAAAUGAGGACGUAAGCCGAGCUAGUGAGAUGUGAAGUAAGGAAUGUUGUUGGGUUACUCAUGUACUGGUAGGACAUACACAGAGCCCUAUAACCAGUCAUCACUCCACAGUCAGGUUCAUUUCCCCUUACACUGCAUCACAUCAGCUAUGCCUUCGAGUAUCUUGUCCAGUCUCGUGUGUGUUUUGUGUGUGGUUGUGGUCCCGGCUGUAUGGGCUGAUCACUGCCACAGUUACUGGGACACGAACGGUGUCUUCCAUGAUACUCAGGAAUGUCAAAAGUACUGCUGUGGGGACUGCAGGACAAAAUACUGCUGCAGUGACAUAAAGUACAGCUUAACUGAGAAAAAACAGGAACUCUGUUUCAGAAGGUCUGCUCGAGUGAAAAGAAGCUAUCAUGUAGAGUAUGUAGGAAUAGGGGUUCCUGUUCCUAUUCUCGCAUGCGCGGGUCUCAUAAUCUGCUGUGUGACUCGUUGCUGCUCCUGCUGCAGGACAUCCAAAAAGAAAAAUCCCAGUCGAGAAAUGAUCACUGUGGUAAAUUCCACCACUGUAGUUAACACGGUCUAUCAGCCUGUACCAGCAGCCACACCCAUGCCCACAACUCCACCACCCUCCUACCAGGAAAGUGUUCCAUUCACACAAUCACAGCCAAUGCACUUCUUUCAACGGGUCAGCCAGCCUUCUGCAGCAGCAUUACAUUCAGAUAAGCCAGAGGAGUUUGAGCUGGAGGAGCUUGAACCUUGUCAUAGGCCAAAAUCUGUAAAAAAGGCUAAGAUCAAAAAGAACUCAUCUAUAUACGUCUAAAAAGGGACUUCAUGUUCAUGCCUAAGAUACACAAUAACACAGAGUUCAGAAAUAUUUACGGGUGACUGUGCUAAUGCUAAGAGGGUAGAGUUCGUAAGAGAGUAUAAUACCUCACCAUGAGCAGAUAAUCAUUGUGAACAAAUUAACAGAUGCUUACAAAGUCAUGUCCUCUUUGCAUGUAUUGCUAUUUAUCCGGGGAAGCAAUGUUGAAGUGGUGACUGAUAGAUGUACAGUCUGAGGUCUUUUGAUUAGUUUUAUUUAGUUUUGUUUUAGUUUAAAUGGGUUUUUAUGAUUUACUGUGAAAGAUAUAAUAAAAAAAACAACUUCUGUAUAUUAUAUUGUGAUGUGUUGUGAUUGAGCUACAUGUUUUUCUCUGUCCAGAUGCUUUAAUAAAUAUUCCAUUUACAAUGUAAAUUAUGGACACUGGUUUUUGUGUUGUUCAUUUAGCAGUAAAUGAAGAAAAUAUAACAUUUACAUUUUUUAAUGGGUCUAACAGGUUGUUCUUGUCCAUAAAACUGCACCUGACAAAUGGGACUAAUUGGUUAGGUGAAAUAACGAGAGGACGGUUGGCAGUCUGUGGCAGCUUCAGACGAUCUGUCAAUCUCCAGAGAGCAUCUGCUGUCACACGGGCGCGGCGUCAAUGAUAUGUAGUACAACUAGUCUGUGGGUUACUUUUGCUUGUGUUGUUGUUGGACCGUCAGCUGUGGAGAAGAGCUGAAGUGAAACCAAAAGUUAAAACUAAUGAGAAGUAUUCAGUCUCUUUACUUUUCAUUCAGUAUUUUUUAUUUCUCCUAUAAAUGGUGAAUUCUGCUGUUGCUCGUUUUUCUGUCAACAGAUCAGCAUUCAACUGAUUCACAGCGUCAUCCAUGUCGAGCAAUGUACAGCUGAGAUUUUACAUGGGAUGAUGUUUGCAGUGAGAGAGUCGACCUCUCUCUGUACAGACACAACUGUGGUAACAUAAAUUAAACACUGGCAAGUUGAUUACAAGCUCGCUGUGACCACUUAGCCUGAUUGGCCACCAGGUCUAAAUCCAACAGAGCACCUUUGGGAAGUGGUGGAAGAUUUACAUCAUGGAUGAACACAAAUCUGCAGCAACUCUACUCUGUGAUUCUGUCAUGUCAAUACGGACCUGAGUCUCCAGUACUUUUUAAAUCUAUGCCAUGAAGAGUUAUGGUAGUUCUUAAGGCAAAAGCUAGUCCAGCACCGUACUAGCCAGAAGUAUAUAAUGAUGGUAAAACUCAGAUAUACUGCACGUAUAUAACAAAUCUAAGGCAAUUCAUACUCUUCAAUUCUAUUCAAUUCAAUCUAUGUAAUUUCUUCUAUUCCCUUCAAUAAAACAUUAAUAAAA